UCGCACAGCUGUUCGUGUUUACAAAUAAUUAUCUGUGCCUGAUACGUUCCGGCGGUUCCACUAUUGCACAAUUUCGCAAUUUUUCAGACAGAAAUGACCUCUAAGAAAGAGAUAUUUCAACAGAUGGUACCGGAAGAUUCGCUUCCUCAGCGGGGGAUGGUUCUUUUUGGUAAGGACGUCAGCCAAAUUCCCUGCUUUCGGAACAGUUUCCUGUACGGUAUCAGUAUAGGCGUAGCGGCCGGUUUUCUGGCAUUUAUGCGAACGUCCAGACCGCAAAUGUCCUGUCACAUUGCCUUCGGUACAUUCUUCGGAACGACGCUCUGCUAUUGGUUUCCUUGCCGAUACAAUUGGUCAAAAGAAGCCGCUGAUGCCGAACUACUUCAAAAAGCACUGCAACAGCAAUCUAUGUACGAAGGUACACAGGCAGAACGUGACUUGGACCAAAAAGCUAAAUCAGCUUAAUGCAUUUAUUCGCAAUGAACGUAAUAUCUACCUGCUGAUAGUUUACAUGAAAGUUUUUUUUUUUACUUUAUCAUAUAAAUACUAUAAUAGUACUAUUGCAUAAUUCCACCUUACAAUAUUCACAGACGUUUACGGACCCAGAUUGGUGUACACCACAGAUGCCACAUAACCGUCCACCUGUUGCGGUGGCGGUGCUAGCGGCAUUAAGCACUGUAGGGGGACUUCUUUAGGAGUAGAAGUCUUCUUUUGGCGUGUCCUUUUUUUGCUGCCGGGAGUUUUGGGUUCCGGCAGAUUGAACUUUACCUUCAAUUCUCUCGUUCUUCGCCAGAAGAAGCCAAAACUGCCUGGCUUAUCAUUUCCGAUUGCCGCUUGGCGCUGAACGUAUUGGUUGAACAUUUUCUUCGGCGUCCAAUCCGUAUGGGUGAGAUCUAGAACGCCCCUGCUACUUUGCUGCUCCGGGCUGAAGUAAGAAAGAAUGUCGUCGUCCAUGCUAUCCCGCAGUGUCGUAUCCCGCGCGAAUCGACCCCGCUUGUCCGUGAUGGCUUUACUCAACUCGACAUUGU